AUGACAGACACCAAAGGCACAUCGAGCCUCCAAAAACUACGUCCAGGAAAAAAACCACCUUUGACUCAUUUUCUUUGUCUGCCUCUGAUCAAUUCUACGUCUAUCCCCCAGUUAGAGGAUUCUGUUUCCAAAUUCAAAACUGCCCAUGUGUCAGACCCUAGAACUUGUGACCAGACAAAACCAUCCGGCUUGGGCAUUCCCGGCAAAGCCUUUCGUCCACUGGGGACACUCCAUCUCACGAUUGGGGUGAUGAGCCUUCAUACAGAAGAUCGCUUGCAACAAGCUUCCUCUUUGCUCCAGUCUCUCGACUUAGCAGGUCUCAUGGCUGAGGCCGAGCGAGUUGCCACCAACUCGCGACCCAACGGCGGCCAAUCAAGACCAUCAUCCAUCUCACAACAUUCCCAAACAAACAUGGCUUCUACUUCACAGCCACCUUUUACUAUUUCCCUGGAGUCUUUGCAUGCUCUACCGCGGGAGAAAUCCGCAACUGUCUUGCAUGCUUCCCCAGUUGAUCCCACCGGUCGGUUGUAUCCUUUCUGUGUGAUGCUGCGUGACAAAUUCAUCGAGGCAGGGUUGAUUCAAAUUGAUGGCGAUAAGAAGCCAAAAGAGCGAGAUUUCUCCAAAGAGUCUACCCAGGGAACUCCACCAAACCCUCAGUCUAUCCCCCUUUUACAUGAUGCACCUCCCCAUCAGCAGUCACUAAAGAAGCUGGACCCAUACACAGUGGCAAUGACACGAAAUCCAAAGACUCGACCACUUCUCUUGCAUGCAACACUUGUCAACACGAUAUACGUCCGUGGACGACAAAGCAAUCGCAACAAAAAUUCAACACACAAGAACUCAUCCAAACGCAUCACAUUCGAUGCUCGCAAUUUGGUUGCUCAAUCCACUGACAAUUCAUCCUUGGCCACUUCGGUCCCACAAGCAUCCCGCCACUCUUAUAUAUGGGCGAGAGAUAUCCCCCUAGAUACCAUCUGCAUCUGCGAGAUGGGUGCUAAAAAAUUACACCCCGGUGCCAUCGACGAUAACGGCUUGAGUGAGCGUCUUGGUGAGGAAUAUCUGGCCGUUGCACAGCGGAGUAUGAGUUCUACAUAG